CGAUCAACGAUUCAAACACUUUUGUAAAAUUUAUCAAACAGUGUUGAAAUCAAGCCGUUGAAAAUGAAUUCCGUCAUUCUCGUUUCACUGAUUGCUCUUCUGUCUGUCGAGUACAGUUUUGCCGACCGGAAACGUUGUUUUUGUCAAGCUCGUGAUGAUGCCACGGGGACGGUUCUGAAGGACUUCGGCACAAUCGACACCCAUCGCCACUGGUUGAGCGUUGGAUGCCGUCGGUUGGGCAACUGCGCCGACAAAUGCGACGCCAAAACCAAAGAGUGGCUGUGCGAGCAAGAGGCUGAGUGCGAGCGUCUGUCUAAAGGGAAGAAGGUGGUACCAUACUAUAAAGCCAGCGUUUGCUCCGAGGGGAACGGCUCCAACAGGCGGACGUGCGGCUGUGAUGCUAACCACUGCCUUUCAAAGUGUGCAGCCGCCGGUGACAACUUCACCCAGUGCUUCCUUGGAUGUGUCAGCUUUUAGAAUUGCCAAAAAGAAGACCAGGCAGUAUCAACACUUUUCAUAUACACAAACAUUCCACUAGAUGAUUUAAUAAAUAUACAUACUGCUACUAGUGUUCUUUUUAGAUGGUGAAAGAAAACUAAUACACUGCAUCAAUCGGUUUUGUAUUAUAGCUGGCAUUCGCAUAUAUGUUUAACAGAAUUCGUAGCUGUCAACACAUUUUUUUUCCUAAACCGUAAAAUUGACACUCUUAUUCGAAAUCAAUACACACACAUGUAUAACAAACAUAAAUUUUUAGUGAUAAACCUUUUACUACUUACUAAAUAGUAAAUAAGUAAAUAAUGCAUUUUGUAUUAAUAUGGGAAAAAUUAUUUGCUGAUAACAAGAUUGUAACACAAAAAUAUUAAAUGACUGGUGAGUGCUAAAACAUUUACUGUGAUCUAUUAUCGUCUCAUAAGGUGGAAAUACCGUGUUUUCUGCAUCUUUCUUUCAAAUUAACCUCGGUAUCCUUCAUAAGACCUAUUGCUUUCGACAUUUAUUCACCUUUUUGGUAUAUUUAAACAAUUGUAUUAAUUGUGGUAAAUCUUAUUUUGGAGUAAGAGUGCAUCUUUAAUCAUGGGGGCGAUUCUUUCGACAUCAUUGGUAACAGCUUUGUUGUUGUUGAUAAAAUCUCCUAAUUUUGACGGCAAUCGACUUCUUUCAUGGGAUGCAUUUUAUGUGUGGCUGGUUGUUUCAUAUGUAAUUUAGUUAAGUUGAAACUUAUUCAUUUUACAACGAUUGUAAAAGUAAUAACAAAAUUAUAUUUAUCACGCUCGUUGGCAUGAUAAUACGCCAGAGGGUGGACAAGUGUUGUUUGUGUGGACCGGAGCACCUGGAGAAACCCAACUUGUACAGCUUGGUGUCUACAAUCCAAACUCACUUUCGCAAAGAAUCGAACCCGGGACGCCUUGGUGGGAAGCGAGUGCGCUAACCACUGCGCUAACAGAACCACCCUAUUGAAUAAGGUUUCAGCAACCAUUUGAAAGUAUACUCAAGUCAAAUUCAAGACAGCGUAUGGACUUAAAUUGGUAUUUGUGUCGAUUAAAGAAAUAACAACAAACGACAAUGGGGACUUCAUCAUUAUUUAGACAGUACACAUAGAACAAUAUAAAUUGUUAAAUUCUUAUAAGUGAAUUUCACUUUAUAAAUUAAUUUCGGAUAUUGAAACUAGUGUUAUUUAUCAAUGUUACUGUUGUUAAUGUUACGUCAAUAUGUUAAGUGUGGAAUACUGUCCCAUCUCCGGCAAUGGAACUACACAUAAGCAUAUUCUUGCUAGCAGAAGUUCAACAAAUCGAUUCAUUUAAUGGAUCUUCUUAUAAAUAAGUUUACCAGCACAGUAACGAUUAUGGUAUUAAAAAUGUGGAGGUACGCCAAACGAUUAGUUCUGUUCCCAUAGCUGUUGUUUAAGUCGUUCCAGCAUGAUGACCAUAUGGCCUCUUUUUAUAUAGAGAGGAUCUUUUACUGAAACAAACAACUAAUCUUUGGUAUUGUGUAAAUAUAUCAAUCGUCGCAACGGAUGAUGUUUGUAUUAUGCUUGCUUAAUAUUUCACCUCAAAACUAGAUACAAUCAAUGAAACUUUGAAACGUUUAUGUUUUUCGUCUUUCAAACAAGCCCCGCCUUAAUUAUCAAUAUUAUAUAACAUACUAAUAAUUGCAUAUGAUGCCCUAGCAUAAAUACUGUUUUGUGUGCUUAAUGUUGUUGUUGUUGUUGCUGAUGCUGCUACUUUUGUUGUUGUUGUUGUCGGUAUUUUCGGUAUUGUCGUUGUUGUAUAAAAGCUUUCGGGUUUUUUUACCAGUGAAUGAACACUUCGGUAAACUUAAACCAAACCAUUUUAAUACAAUCAGCUGCUGUUGUCCCUGCAUUUUCUGUAAUAAAUAUAUAAACGCCAUAGGUUGGCGAACAAAAGAUUUUGCAUUGAAGCCAUCAGUAUUACAUGUGCAUGUAUAGGCAUAACAAUUUUUGUAAGAUAGAAUAUCUUCAUGAUAUAUAUAUUUGGGAUGGAGAGAAUGUUCACUUUUGUAGAAAAUAAAUGUCCUUUUGCAUGCAAAGCCUACUCAUUAUGAGUUGAUCUGGUAUGCAAUAUCUGUCUUAAGUUAAUCUUUUGGUCAUACAUCAUUGACUUCACUCACUCUAUUGGUCAGUUAUGAAUAACAAGUAAUCCGAUUGGCUACAUCGUUCUGAGAUCAAAUGAAGACCAACAGUGAAUACCAGCCCUGGUUCCAUGCCGUUGCUAAACGGUAAUAUAUGUCCAGAACGGUCUCCAGUCAUACGCCCGAGACUAGUUUGUAUUUAAGAGUCCGUAGAUAUACAAAUAGCAUACUCCAGGCAACACAACAUAUGCAAGCCCUGGUCUCCUUGGAAGUUUAUUUGAACAAACAUGACUCCAUGUCAAGUUGAACUUGACUGUUUAUAAGAGUUUUGAGUUACUAAAAUGUGAUAGAUUCACGAGACAAACACAAAAUUGUAAAACUAAAUAUGAAGAUAUAUCAGGAAGAUAUUUUAACUUAUAUUACGAUAUGCGUGUACAAGCACAAGAUAUACAUAUAUUAAAUCUAUUGUUCGCCAUAAAUGUAUUUCCAAUCAUUCUCGGGCAUAUAACUUUACUGAGAUGUUAUAAGUUCCUACAAUUGAGUAAUAUAUCAACUGUAAAAACUAGGGAAAUCACAAUAUUUAGGUAAUCAAACACUUAACGGAAUUCAGUUUAACUACACAAAAACAACCAAUCUAUAAAAUAAACGUACUUAAUUGGCUUGAACACUAAAAAUAGUGUACUAGGAUUCAGGAUUCCCUUGUAUCUGUAUUAUAAACCUGUGCUUUCUUCAUUGAAAUUAGACUUAUUCAAGAAUUUAAAAAGAAACCCCGUUUACAAUGACUAUCUUUACCAGUAUUUCCUAUUUUGCAUUAUUUUAAGACUAAAGAGGCAAAGCAAAUCGCUUCAGUUUGAUGUAUUGACAAGUAUACAUUGUAUUCUAAUAAGCAUAAUUAAUUCACACUGUCCCGACACCCGAACUGUCAAAUUGACCAUAAAGCUGUUGUUUGACAAACGCUAGACAAAUAUUUCAAUAAUUUACCAUCUUCAAAUGAGUUACUGUCAAUUAGCGUGUGACAGGCUUUGGAGAGGUAGGAUAAAAGCAAGGGCUACCGUGGAAAUGUAUCUUGUACCGACUGGACGUGACAAUGAAUGGUUAUUUGAAGUCCGCAGUUGUUGCCCUUUGCUUCCUGGCGCUGUGUGCCUUUGCAAACGCCGAUGACAGCCGUGGUAGAAGAUCACAACAAGGGUAUCUUCAGAAGUAUCCACACGACCUUGGAACAAGUUACCGCAUACUUGGUAUUGGCAAAAUGCCUUCCGGCUCUGGUAGUUAUGGACACGGAUCCGCUGGCUACGGUAAACAGGGAUUUGGCGGCUACGGACAAGGUUCAAUGAGCUACGGCAUCGGUAAACAGGGAUUUGGCGGCUACGGACAAGGGUCAAUGAGCUACGGCAUCGGUAAACAGGGAUUUGGCAGCUACGGACAAGGUUCAACGAGCUACGGCAUCGGUAAACAGGGAUUUGGCGGCUAUGGACAAGGUUCAAUGAGCUACGGCAUCGGUAAACAGGGAUUUGGCGGCUACGGACAAGGUUCAACGAGCUACGGCAUCACUAAACGGGGAUUUGGCGGCUACGGACAAGGGUCAAUGAGCUACGGCAUCGGUAAACAGGGAUUUGGCGGCUACGGACAAGGUUCAAUGAGCUACGGCCUCGGUAAACAGGGAUUUGGCAGCUACGGACAAGGGUCAAAGAGCUACGGCCAUGGUGGACAGAGCUAUGGCGGCUACGGACAAGGUUCAAUGAGCUACGGCCAUGGUGGACAGGGCUAUGGCGGCUACGGUCAAAGUUCAAUGAGCUACGGCAUCGGUAAACAGGGAUUUGGCGGCUACGGUCAAGGUUCAUUGAGCUACGGCAUCGGUAAACAGAUGUACUGACCGAUCGGAGCUCUGGGCUUACUAAGUGAUUUAUAAAAGCUUGCAGAGAAGUUCUGGCAGGGAUGUUGUCAUCGAUAUAUUUAUUUAAUUUAUUAUGUUUUAUAAAUAAAUAUUUUUGGUAAUAAAAUUAUCAUCACA